AUGGGAAAUUGCUUGGCGCUACAAGAAAAGUUUGUCCAGGUUGUGAAAACGGACGGGAAAAUCCUUGAAUAUAGAGCCCCUUUGAAAGUACAUCAAGUUCUGUCGGAAUAUCCUGGUCAUGAAAUAUCUCUGACACCUCUGGUGAUCCGACGGCUCCAGGCGGAUGCCAAUAUGCGUGCAGGUCAUGUUUACUAUCUUUUACCACUCUCGGUUCCUUCACUGGAACUCAACCAGUAUUCAAACACAAAAGAAGUAUCCGAACAGGAAAAUCAUGGCGUUGUGAGGAUCAAGCUGCUUAUUAGAAAGCAAGACCUGGAGGAGAUGCUAGGCCAAGGAGGACCAGUUGAACAACUGAUUUUGCAACUUCAAAACAAACAGUUGGUCCGUUCAUUCAAAAAUUUGGAGAGUGAUGCUAGUAAAAAUUUCACAGGAUGGAAGCCAGUAUUGCCAACUAUACCUGAAGCUUGCUAG